AUGGCCGUCCGCCAACACCAGUCCGAUGCCGACCCGGUCAAAGACCAAGAAGCCUGCACUAUCGAUCACGUCGACUAUAGAAAUGAUCUCAAAAACAGCAACACUGGACCGCAGCGUGAUAAGUUUGGGUCUAUGGCAAAAGUUGACCCUAAGGAGAUCGCCCUUGUGAAGAAGCUUGACAUGUAUCUCAUGCCAAUUCUCUGGAUAAUGUACUUUCUGAACUUCCUCGACCGCAACGCGAUUGUCAAUGGUAAGCUUAAUCAUCUUGACAAAGAUCUGGAUAUGGUUGGCUCUCAAUACAACACUUGCGUCAGCAUCUUCUUCGUCGGAUAUAUCACCGGCCAAAUUCCAUCAAACAUGUUGGUAACCCGUGUGAAGCCGGCUUGGUACAUGUCCGGGUGGAUGAUGGCUUGGGCUAUUGUAUCAACACUCAUUUGCAUUGUCAAGGACUAUCAUGGGAUGCUUGCUUGCAGGUUGAUCCUAGGUAUCACAGAGGCCCCUUUUUACUCGGGUGCCUGCUAUAUGGUCAGUCUUUUCUACACGCGGAAAGAAACCGCAACUAGGUUAGCGGUAUUCUAUACGGGCAAUCUCCUAGCCAGCGCUUUCUCAGGCUUGAUUGCAGCUGGAGUGUUUGCUGGCUUGGAUGGAAAGCAUGGCCUUGCUGGUUGGAGAUGGCUCUUCUUAAUUCAGGGCGUAGUCACCGUGGGAAUUGCCGUUGUAGCAUUCUUCAUGCUUCCUAAUGCGCCUCUUGAGACUAUAUGGCUCACACCAGAGCAACGCCAGCUAGCACACGAUCGUGUUGCAAGAGACACAACAGAGAAGCGCCAGGCUACCAGUACUUGGGCCGGCUUAUGGGAGGCAGCAUCUGACCACCGCACCUGGGUUUUUGCCCUCAUGGGGAACCUUCAUUUGUCGGCCAACGGCUUCAAGAAUUACAUGCCAACAGCUGUUCAAUCCCUUGGCUUCAACACCACCAUCACUUUGGUUCUGACAUGCCCGCCGUAUCUGGUGGCCGGUGUUGCUUCCGUGUUGGUGUCUUGGUCUUCUGGUCGGUUCAACGAGCGAACAUGGCAUAUAACAGCCUCAAAAACAGUAGCCAGCAUCGGAUUCGCAGUUGCCACCAGCACAAUGAAUAUUGGUGCGCGUUACUUUGCCAUGGUUCUGUUCGUCGGAGCCACCUACGGUGUGAACAACAUCAAUGUUGCUUGGACUGCUGCCACUGUCGGCCAAACAGAUGAAAAGAAGGCAGCCGCUAUAGCCCUGGUUAACACCCUUGGCAACUUGUCAUUCGUUUACACUCCGUACCUUUGGCCCGAUAGUGACAGUCCAUUGUUUCGGAGAGCGAUGAUUGCGAGCAUCGCCUUCUCGAUGGGUGUUGUCAUGACAGCAUGGGCGAUGAAAUUUAUCCUGAUACGGAUGAAUCGGAAGAUCAGAACUGCGCAGGAGGAAGCGACAAACUUUUACGCAUACUAA